AGAAAAAUAAGAGACCUCUGUUAUGUCUCAAAAAGUAACGGGCUACUUGGUGUUUGUGGUCAUCUCCAUCCUGAUGGGUGCUUUCCAAUAUGGUUACCACAACGGAGAGCUAAACACGCCUCAAGAUAUUAUUUCUAAAUGUGCUAAUCCUACUUUUCGCGAAGGCUUUUUGCCACCUUGUAUCCCUAUGCCAGACUCACAGUAUUCACUCGUUGUGUCUGUAUUAACAGCAGGUGGUUUAUUAGGUGCUUUAUCAGCUCCAUUUUUUAAUGACCGAUAUGGUCGUCGCUCUACACUGUUUGGCACCAAUCUCUUAUUGAGCUCUGGCUCAUUGAUCACCACCUUGGCCUCAACACCCGAAAGAAUGAUGAUAGGUCGGUUUUUGUCCGGCAUUGGAAGUGGAAUUGUCACUGUGGUUGUGCCUGCAUACUUGGCCGAAUGUGUGCCUAAAUCAAAACGUGGAUUUUUUGGUGCAUUGAAUCAAUUGGCCAUUGUGAUGGGCAUCAUGGCUGCUCAAGUCAUUAGUCUGGCUUGGUCUACUAUCUCUUCUUGGCGAUAUAUUUUGGUCAUGGGCGUUGUUUUAGCUAUAUUGCAAUGUUGUCUAUUACCUUUUUGUGUAGAGUCGCCACGAUAUUUAGCACUCAUCCCUGGUGGCUUCAACAGAGCAAAGAAGUCAUUAGUGAGGCUUAGAGGGACUUCAGUUGAUCAGGCAGAGGAAGAAAUCAAUGAAUGGAGAAGAGAAUGGGCCAGCAAUGCUCAGAACCAGGCAGCAGAAGCAGAAUUAGAUGAGGAAGAAAAUUUUCAAGACGAUCAAAGAUUAAUCCAGUCAACUGCAUCUAACACACAACAUGUCAAUGUAUGGACAUUUUUGGGCUCGUCAAAAUACCGCCGUCCUUUAAUGAUUGUUUUAUUAUUGCAAUUGUUUCAACAGCUGUCUGGUAUCAAUGCAGUCAUAUUCUAUUCUACUUCAAUCAUGUCAAGUGUGUUUCCUGAAUCUUCUGGUCUGAUCACUGUCUAUAUAUCGAUUGUUAACUUGAUCAUGACAUCUAUUUCUGCUUAUCUGAUGGAUAAACUAGGACGUCGACCAUUGUUCUUGUUUUCUGGCCUUUUUAUGGCUUUGAUGAGUUGCUUAUUAGGCUGGAGUAUUGAAACUGGACACAAUACAACAUCUGCCUUUGCUAUUCUUGCAUACGUUGCAUUGUUUGCUGUUGGUCUUGGACCUAUACCAUUUCUGAUGAUUCCUGAACUAGUAGACACACAAGCAGUAAGCAGUGCAUGUUCUGUUGGAUUGGCUUCCAACAUGAUUGCCAAUUUUGCCGUCUCUUCCGGAUUUUUUAUCCUUCGUAACUUUAUGGGUCAGGGCUAUGUAUUUUACUUGUUUGCCGUCAUUUCCUUACUACUUGCUUACAUAGCGUUCUUCAUUUUACCGGAGACAAAAGGUCGUAGUGCAGAAGACGUUAUUCGUUCAGGAUAUUCUAUUUAUCCCUGUCAUUAUGAGUCUUUUUAAUUAAAAAAAGAUAUAGUUAAUAUGCAUGGUCAUGCGGACUACAGGCGUUCCCUUUUAAUGGAAUGCCCAAUAAGCAGCAGAUGUAACUAGGAGUAUUUUUCAAAGGGAAUUUUUUUUAACUGUGCAACAAAUGUAUGACUAUUUAUGUCAUUGAGCCCAUUCCCUUAAUAGGAUCGCCGAGUUGAGCUACAGUUUUCAGUAAUUUGUAUUAGGCAACUAUAAUCAAUUUUAGUCUGUGUGCAUAUAGAAUCCUUUUCGAGAAUUAUAAAAAACGAAUGAUGUUUUUUAAUGAUUUUGAGUUCUAUUAUCAAUCUUCAUGUAAGUGAUCCUGAAUGUUUGUGUUUAUCACAA